AUGGCUGCUUCCUUGGCCUCUCUUUCCUCCUCUGCUAAAGCCGGAGCACCACGGCGGCCACCGUUCAACCACCAACCAAGCCACCGUCUUCCUCCUCCACGACUCAUACCUCUCCCUCCCAAGAUUUUGUUUUCUCAAAUUAGAAACCAUAUCACCACAACCUUCUUGAGAAGACGAAGUUCUCUCAAGAACAUUUCAGCUCUCGAGACCUCUGAUGGUGCCGUUAACGUGGAGGUCGAUGAUGAUGACGACGAGGAAGAAGAAGAAGCUUGUGAGCUAGUUAACGGAACAGAAGUGUCCGUUGACGGUGUUGAAGGUUAUCUUUUAACGGCGGUAAAGAACAAUAACGGAACUGGAUUGCUUCUGCUCUCUGAUGUCUUUGGUUUUCAAGAUUCAGCUACACGUGAUUUCGCGUAUCGUGUUGCUUGCAAUGGCUACAAUGUUCUUGUCCCGGACCUGUUUCGUGGAGAUCCAUGGUCGAAACACCGACCAAAGUCCGAAUACGAGGAAUGGAGAAGAAGACAAGACCCGAACCGUAUCAGACAAGACACAACUAGCUUUACUAAAUGGAUGGUUGAGGAGUUUGCAGCUGCUGGCAUCUCCAAGAAGUUAGGAGUGAUGGGGUUCUGUUUUGGCGGUGGGAGAGUGGUUGACGUGUUAGCCACGGAUGAGAACGGUUACUUUAGUACUGGUGUUUCGUUCUACGGUACGAGGAUAGAUUCCGCGGUGGCCGGAGAUGUGAAAGUGCCGGUUUUGUUUAUUGCCGGAGAUAGAGACCCGCUUUGUGAAGUGAAGGGUUUGUAUGAAGUUGAGGAGAAGAUUGGUGAAGGGUCAAAGGUUGUUGUGUAUGAAGGAAGAGGUCACGGCUUUGUUCACCGGCCGGAGACAGCGGAAGAUGACCGAGACGCCGAGGAAGCGUUUGCUCUCAUGAGGAAUUGGUUACAUCAUCAUUUGAUUUAAAUCUCUUUUGUACAUCCAAAGUUACAAUUAAAAUUGGAUUUUAGUAUAUAAAAGUUAGUUAAUAAGAUAACUAAUGAAGAGGUUUUGGAGCAAACA